AUGGAUUUUUUUGAGUACAUGAAUAUUUUUUACCUUUUAACAUUGUACACAAUUCAAGGUCUUCCCAUGGGUAUUAGUCAUUCCAUUCCAUUCCUCAUACAAGGUAAAGUAUCUUAUACAGAACAAAGUAUGUUUGGAAUGGUUGUUAUUCCAUUCUCGAUUAAGUUACUUUGGGCACCUCUAGUAGAUUCAGUAUAUAUUGAAAAGAUGGGAAAGCGAAAAACAUGGAUUAUUCCAACUCAACUUAUAUGUAGUAUUCUCAUGAUUAUUGGUAGUUAUAGUCCGUUUCUUCCAACUUGGUUAUGUGAAAGAGUAGAUAUCUCAAAUUUAACUGGUAAAUCUACGCCAAACGUUAUUUUACUGACAAUUUACUUUUCAAUUUUGUACUUUUUAAUGGCUACCCAAGAUAUUGCAGUGGACGCUUGGGCAAUAAGUCUACUUUCCCCUCAACAUAGGAGUUUAGCAUCAACUUGUAACAUUAUUGGGCAAUCUUUCGGUUAUAUUACAUCAUAUUUAGGAUUUUUAUUCCUAAAUGAUGCAAAAAUAUGCAAUAAAUAUGUUCGUCCUUUAUUUGGAUUAGAAAUUGUUGAGGAUAAGCCAAUAUGUGAGAUGAGUCAAUUUAUUUAUUUCUGGGGUAUAGUUAUAUUAUUAGUUACUAUAAUUACUGGAAUCAUAAAAAAAGAAGAUGAUUCUUACAUAAAAACAAUUGAUAAUAAAAAAGAUGAUGAUCAUACUCAAGAGAAUCAAAAAAGCGAGUUAACUAUUAAACAAGCUUAUUUUCUUUUAUAUAAAAUUUUAAUAUUGAAACCAGUAAUUUUACUAAUAAUUCUGUUAUUCAUUAUUAGAGUACCAUCAGCAGUAACUGAAUCAUCUCUGGAAUUUAAAUUAAUGGAGUUUGGCAUGAAAAAGAGUGAUAUUAUGCUUAUUGGACCAAUUUUGAUUCCGUUUAGUUUUAUCACACCAUUUAUUAUGACAAAAUUUGUUUCUAAAGGGAAAAUGCCACUAAAAUUGCUAAAUAUAAUAUUACCAUUGAAAGUUUUACUCUCACUGCUUUCUUGUAUGUUUUUGAUUUGGUCCAGAAUGAUCUAUAAACCAUGGAUUGAUAAACAAGAACUCAUUGAAACACCACCUUUAUUUUACUAUAGUUAUUUGGCUUUGUCAAUUUUUUCCUCCAUUUUAUGUGAUUCGCAAUCACUAAUAUUUAUGACCCUCUUCAAUUUAAUUUCAGAUGUCAGGUUUGCUGGAACUUAUAUUACUUUGUUUAAUACAAUAAAUAAUUUAGGAUAUAAGUGGCCAACAAGUCUUAGUUUAUGGCUUUUGGAUUAUACAAAUUUUAACUAUUGUGAAUUAAAUAAAAAUCAAGUUGAAUAUAGUAAAUUUUCAAAUUAUUUUCUUUUACUAAUUGGGAAUCCAUGCAAAAUUGAUUCCUUCUUUAUACAAUUUACAUUUGCUUUUAUUUUCGGAAUAAUUGCAAUUUUAUUCAUUUUCCCAUCAAUUAUUUACAGAAUUGAGAAAUUUAAUUUGAAUGAUUGGAAAGUUAAAAAUAUGAACACAUCAGAAUCUUUAAUUGAAAAGAAGAAUAAAUAA